GGAUUGCUUAACAGCUAGCAGUAAUGAACUCUCACACACUAGUUCCACUACUGAUUGGUGCCUAUUUUACUAUGGUCCAAGCAAGACAGACAUGAGAAUGGCUUAUUUUUGGAAGUUAAGAUGUGGAUCGAUGGUUCACACACCACAGUUUAUAGCAAUUUUUGUAGAUCCUUCUGAAAACCGCUGUCAUGGAGACACAUAACCACCCCAGAGUUGUGUGGGUGAGAGAAUGUGUUUCUUGAAAACAUUCCAGUUCAAAUCACCCAUUUGCUAUCAUACAGCCAAAUGUAUGCUAUUUAGGCUUAUGUAAUGUCAUUUUUUACGAAAUAUUCUUUAUAUUAGCUGAGUAAAUAGUAUGUGAAGUCGUCGUAUGUGUAGGUAGCACUGUGGAAGCCCUCUGUCAUAAUUCGCAGAAUGGUUGGUGCUGUGAAACUAAUGCCUACACCAUGAAUGAUGUCUCCGUUCUUUGUUCGCAGCUCACACACUGCAGGACAUGUGUUCCCUCCAAAACAAUACGCCCUUUAGAGAGCACCCACACUCUCACAAUCAAGGCUUUUCUUUCAGUUGGAGUCUGUCUCACUCACUCCAUUCAAUAAGACACUGCACUGACUUCACGGUUUAUGUUGGGCUGGUGUUGCUGCACAGACGCACUCUUAAUGGUAUCGCUGCACAUUUGUGGUCAUUUUUACUUCAUAAAAUCAAAUUUACCUUCAUAAAAUCUGAUUUACCUCAAUAAUUGAUUAUGAUAUUUACAUGUCUGUUGGCAGAGGGUUCCAUAUACUGAUCCAAACAUUCAGAUUUUGUGGAUUGUGUUUGUGGAGCAAAAGCAAAUGCCAGCACAAAAGCUUACUAUUAUCCCCCCCGACUUUAUGAAGCAUUUAGCACAGACUUGUGGCUUAUACAUUAUAAAUGUGGCUGUCAGUCAUCAGUGAUUGAUCAUAUUUCCAGUCAUUUUGAGAAAAACACAUUAUAAUUAUUUUGUUUUUCAAAUUACCCACAAGUUAAGAUAGAUUUUAAGUUGUGCAAAGUAAAGUGAAUUCUUUUGUUGCUUUUGUUUUAUGAGUGGUCAUGAUUGUAGAUUUUAUUUAUGAAAAUGAAAUUGCCCCUAGGCUGCAUCCUGAUUCAUUGUUACUGUGUUGAAAGAGAGUGACUGUCUUGUGGUUUAAAACUUCCCUUGAGUACUGUUUUUUUUUAAAUGGAGACAGAACAUUUCAGCCAUGCCAUUUUUUAAGAAGCCUGAUGGGAAAUAUUGCAUGUCUAUACAGAGCCCCAAACAUGAAAAGCUCUAGUGUUUUUCCAGUAAAUGGACAUUUCCUGUGUAUUUCUUAGAAAAUGUCUCUAAUGAUAGUGGUAAACCUCUAAUACUUCUGCUUACCCAUACAGGUCUGAGUGAUGAGGUUGUGUGUGACUUUGUUUUUGUUUUGUCUGAUAUUUUUGGCAGUAAGUAAUUCUAAAUACAAGUUUUACCAGCUUGAGAUGUGGGUAACACCAUGUCCCAACUUGGCUUGGUCCAGUGUGCCCCGUGUGUGGGAUGAGCACAAAGAAUUAUGAGCUUGUGGAGAGUGUUUCCUGAGUCAGCUGUGAUCACUCUCUCUCUCAUCCCACCCCCGGCGGUCUAGUUCCUUCUGACAGAUCAGUAGCAGCUGAGAGAGUGCUGUUUGGGUCUAACUGGGAAGUGGGGGUGGGUGCCAUCUGGAUCAUGUGACUUUGGCCCCCCUACCCUCACCUUUGCUUGCAAGAGCACCAGGCGUCCUUGUCCAAUCAUGCCUGGAAUGCGGCUUGCCACUUUGGCUAUUUCUGCUGUCUGUCGCUAUCAGACUUCAGCUCAAACAGUUUGACACAUGGGAUAGUUUUUUUUUUUUCAUUUCCCCAUCUCUCCCAUUCUUUCCAGCUUUUACUUGCUCACUCUCUCUCCCUCUCUCUCGCUCUCUCUCUCUCUCUCUCUCCUUGAAGUUUGUGGGUUGAACUUUUAAGCUCCCUGGCAGUGCUUCACUGGUAGCUGUGAAACGAAAUGCAGUCUCUGUCUGUGAGUAAGGGAAAGGGAGAAAGGAAAGAGGGUGGAUGAGCAAGACCGAGAGAGGGAGAGCAAAAGGGGAUUAGACACACUAAACAGUGAACGAGACAGAUCCAGCAAGAGCUGGACAGAGACAGAUCAAGGCAGACAGGAGAAUGUCUCACCGGCUUCGGUUGUAUUUUGGAUCUGGUCGCAGUAACACUGAGUUGGAGCAGCUAAAUGGGACAGUGGAGGACAGAGAUGAGAGUGGCUACUGUGGCGCAGGGGCCACGAUGUUCCAUACACAGACACAAAACGAAGGACUUUCUGAGAGCCCAGAAUUGGGUGCUUGUUCGGACGUCUCUCUAAAGCGAAGCUCUUCCAUGUUCAUCCCACAGCUCCAGGGUCAAACUGAACAACGGACGACUAAGAGCACCUCUGUCCAGAUAUCUCUCCAACGCACAACUGGACCUCAAGAAGACGCAUUCCCCUUUGAUCCACCUCCAGAGUACCCUCAGGAGCCAGCUCCCCCAUACACUGAGCCUGAUGAAAGCUGGGCCUUACCUCCACCUCCAGCUUACUACAGAGGAGAAACCCCAUCUUACCAAAAUUUGGAACAAUCUCAACCAGGUACUGAGCCCAUCCAGCCUAAGAGGCAAGUUUUUUGCGUCCGGCCAUGUGAUGGACAAAAUGGUAAUGCUAGUUUGGGUGUACCCAGUAAUCAAGGGAUUACCAUUGGAGGUUUUUGUAUUCAAAGAGGAUCCGCAGAUGGCUCGGAUGUCCAGCGGUUCAGGAUCAGGCCCUACAGCGAGAAUGGCCAGAAUGGCCACCGUUGGUUUGUCCAGCAAAGCUCAGACAGAGGUCCUGGAACACAAAGACUUGUAUUACAGCUUCAACAGGACCAAGGACGGCACCCUAGGCCUACUUCUCAGGCUGAUGUGAGUGAUUUGGGCAUCACGGGUAUUAAAGGCAGCCCCUUGGUGCGGUACCCUCGGAUUCGACUUGAGAGGAGCACCUCACAGCCGAUGCAGCCCAGAGGUGCUCCUUCACGGCUCGGAUCUAUGCCAAAUCUUCAUGCCCCGAUCUCAGAAAUGGAGACAGAGAGUGAGAUUGUUGAGAGCGGUGCUCAAGGUUGCACAUUCAAAAUUAGGAAGGAGCAGAUCUCCCGACAGCCAAAGUUUAAGAUCUAUUUCAGCCAUGGAGGUGAGCACAGCCCCAUCCUUGCACGGGAUUUUAGCUUUGGAAAGGUGCCUACCUGCAGCAAUCCACAGGCAAACAUUGGUCAUGAUCUGUCCGAGAAUGAGCAUUUCAACCAUGGUCAGACCAGAGAUGACUUCCUCGGGCAGGUUGACGUGCCUCUUGCCCAUUUACCGACAGUGGACCCUGCAAUGGAGCGGCCAUACACAUUUAAAGAAUUUCUCCUGCGUCCAAGAAGUCAUAAGUCUCGGGUGAAAGGCUGUCUGAGGCUGAAGAUGGCCUACCUGCCAAAGAACGGAGGGCAUGAAGAGGAAAGUAGCGAGAUCAGGGAACAAACUGAGGACUGGGAAGUGACAGACUCCACAGAUCCAGGUUCACAGAGACCUCAGCAGCUCCUGCCUCCGCUGCCUCCGGGCUGGGAAGAGAAGGUCGAUAACCUGGGACGGACAUACUAUGUCAACCACAACAACCGCACCACACAGUGGAAGAGGCCCAGUAUUGUGGAUGUGGUUUCAGAAACGGAAAAUGAUAAUCACUUACGGCAUAUUAACCAAGAAGCCCACAGAGUUUUCCGCUCUCGACGGCACAUAAGCGAAGACCUGGAAAAUGAGCAGCUGGACAUCAGGGACAUAGAUGACUCAUGGGAACCAAUAUCAGAGGAGGACCCAACUUUAAUGGCAGAUGGUCUAAACCAUUCUCUGUCCGGACCCUCCUCUCUGGCGAUGCCCCUCUCCAGCACUCCAGAAUUCUCCGAUGAAAUCAGCCUUAGAUUGUCUCUCACUCCAGACAUGAACGGAGAAAUCCCAGGACCCAGCUCUGCUGUGCAGAGUCAUCUUUCCUCUCGGCUACGCUCCUCUAGUAUGACUGAUGGAGUCAGUGAUCAAACUCAACCUCCCACACCGACGGGCGAUUGCCUGCCCCAUCUAAAAGCAGCUGUUAUUGUCCAGCAGAGCUCCCAGACCCGACGAACAAGAGCACAAACGGUCACAGGCGUUGAGGACACCAUGUCUCCAUCGGCCACCUACGCCUUGACCACACCAGGCCUUCCGCCAGGCUGGGAGGAACGCAGAGACCCCAAGGGACGAACAUACUACGUCAACCACAACAACCGUAGCACCACCUGGACGCGGCCCAUUCUGCAGCAGCACACUGAAGAUGGAGCUAGUACCUCAGCUGUGGCAGCAGGGGGCGCUACAGCUGCCGCAACCACCGCUUCCACCCCUUCCUCCUCCAGCGGCCAUCUAAGUGAACCACAAGUGCGCAGACCCCGUAGCCUCAGUUCCCCCACCGUCACUCUAUCUUCCUCACUAGAGGGAGCUAAUAAUGCCCAGAUACGGCGAGCCGUAAAAGACACAGUUUCCAACCCUCAGUCCCCGCAGCCGUCUCCCUACAGUUCACCCAAAUCCCAACAUAAAGCCAACCAGAGCUUCCUGCCCCCUGGAUGGGAAAUGAGAAUUGCACCCAAUGGACGGCCAUUCUUCAUCGACCACAACAGCAGAACCACCACAUGGGAAGAUCCUCGCUUGAAGUAUCCCGUUCACCUGAGGACAAAAGCAUCCCUGGACCCUGGCGACCUCGGCCCACUUCCUAAUCUUCCAGAGGAGCCUGGGUGGGAGGAACGAGUGCACGCAGACGGAAGAACCUUUUACAUCGACCAUAACACCAAAAAAACGCAGUGGGAAGACCCUCGCCUUCAGAGUCCUGCCAUAACUGGACCUGCGGUGCCAUAUUCCAGAGAAUUCAAGCAGAAGUAUGACUACUUCAGAAAGAAAUUAAAGAAGCCGGCAGAUAUUCCGAACCGUUUUGAGAUGAAGCUGCACAGGAAUAACAUCUUGGAGGAGUCGUACAGACGAAUCAUGUCCCUGAAGAAACCCGACAGUCUGAAGGCCCGUCUCUGGAUCGAGUUUGAAUCGGAGAAAGGCCUGGACUAUGGGGGCGUGGCCAGAGAAUGGUUUUUCCUGCUCUCCAAGGAGAUGUUUAACCCUUAUUAUGGGCUGUUUGAGUACUCGGCCACAGAUAACUACACUCUUCAGAUCAAUUCAAACUCUGGUCUCUGUAAUGAGGAUCACCUCUCAUACUUCAAGUUCAUCGGUCGGGUGGCUGGCAUGGCUGUUUAUCACGGAAAGCUGUUAGACGGUUUCUUCAUCAGACCAUUCUAUAAAAUGAUGCUGGGCAAACAGAUCACACUGAAUGAUAUGGAGUCAGUGGACAGUGAAUACUACAACUCUCUCAAGUGGAUUCUGGAAAACGACCCCACAGAACUGGACUUGCGGUUCUGCAUUGAUGAGGACAACUUUGGACAGACAUAUCAGGUGGAUUUAAAGCCAAGCGGAUCAGACAUGGUUAUAACCAAUGACAACAAAAAAGAAUACAUAGACCUGGUGAUUCAGUGGCGGUUUGUGAACCGGGUCCAGAAACAGAUGAACGCCUUUUUGGAGGGUUUCACUGAACUCAUUGCCAUUGACUUGAUAAAGAUUUUUGAUGAAAACGAACUGGAGCUGCUGAUGUGUGGUCUGGGUGACGUGGAUGUCAAUGACUGGCGGCAGCACACCAUCUAUAAGAAUGGCUACUGUCCUAAUCACCCUGUGAUCCAGUGGUUCUGGAAGGCCGUGUUGUUAAUGGAUGCUGAAAAGCGGAUCAGACUUUUGCAGUUUGUCACUGGAACAUCCAGAGUGCCAAUGAACGGCUUUGCUGAACUCUACGGUUCCAAUGGGCCGCAGUUGUUUACUAUCGAGCAGUGGGGGACACCUGACAAACUCCCUCGUGCUCACACCUGCUUUAAUCGUCUGGACCUCCCGACGUACGAGUCGUUUGAAGACCUGCGAGAGAAGCUUCUGAUGGCGGUGGAAAACGCUCAAGGCUUCGAGGGCGUCGACUAAAGAAAUCCCUUUAUAUCCAUGCGAUCUCCUAAUGCAACUGACGAGCAAAGACAUGAACAACACUCACACACACACACACACGUCUAUACUUACAUAUACACACUCUCGAGUUGCCAUUGUACAGCGGGAUCCCAGCGGUUGCAGGUGUGUGAUGUCAGCACAGUAUAUGCAUGUAAUCUGUCUAGCUGGAGCAGCUUUAGCUGUGAACUCGUUUGAAUGCCAAACAACCCUGCAGUAUCCCACAAUUCAUGCUCUCUCCUAACACGUUUCAUUUUAAAAUCCAGCUCUGAGGCCGUGGUAACUUUUAUACUGAUGCUAAAUAAGAAAUGUCAGUAUUUGGGUGUGGCUUCAGAGUGGGCGUGGCCUUGAUCCAGCAUAAAAAAAAAUCCCAUUUUCCGUAUUAAUUUCACAAACAUGAUAUAAGUUCAGUGAAGAGGCAAAAAUUAACUCUCUUAUCAGGUCUUACUUACACCAGAUAACCUUAGGAAUCACAGCCAGGAUGAAGGGCAUAUCCUCUUCCUCCCUUAUCCCACAAAGUACGCUAAGUUUCCCCUUCCUUCCUUCCUCCCUUCGUCAAGGAUUAUUUUUUUAUCUAGCCAAGAAGCAAAGGGAAUUGUUUUUAAUAGUUUAUUAUUAUCGCUGUUAUUAUGAUACUGUUAUCAUUCUUACCGAGUAAACGGAUAUUUGUACCAACAAUGUGGUUUACUAUUUUAAACAACGUUAUCGGAAAUGCAUCAGUGGCCUGGUUAUAUUCAAUUCAACAUCCAUAUAAUUGUGGGUAAAAAAAAAUAAAAAAAAAAAUAAAAAAAAAAUGAUCAACAUGAUUAUUGUAUUGCUAUGGAAACUGGCAUGAACAUGUAUCUUGUGUUUCAAUAUGAUUACGUAGUAAUUAUAAAGCUAUUCUCCUUCUUGGUUGAGAGCAAAGAUUGAAACGUGGACAUGCAUCAGACAUGUACAGUAAAUGAGUUUGUCUGAGAGGGUUUUCUUCAAUUGUAAUAAGUAUUGUUCUUAUCUUUAUUAUGAUUAUACCUGUUCAUAAUGCUGUAAAUGAGUUUGUUUUGGGGGAAAUACACGAUUGGACUUUUACUGUACGUGUUAAAUCUGUUUGAAGUAUUAAAGAGCGGCAGAGUGAAGCUAUCUCAAAAGCGCUGUGAUUCAACACUGCAAGUCUUGUAGACUUUCAGGAUGUAAACUUUCUGUCUUUAUUUCUUUCUAUCUUCUUCUAACACCACUGUACCUAAAAGGGCACUUUAUUGAUCACACGCUAGGGUCAUGUUACCUGGUUUUUUUUUUUGUGAACUUGAAUGUGAUGGUCUAUUUUGUUCUUUUAAAAGCACUCAGUUCCUUGGUGCAAUAUCUCUUGUUUAUAAUCGGCCUGCUGCUAACAUAUCCGAUCACAGCUCGUCCCUACGGCUGAUCUGGAGUCAGUCUGGUUCUUCAGUGUGAAUCCGGAUCAGCUCUGUAGGAACGACAUCCGCCUGGAGUAAGACUUCAAACUGGUUCUUUUUCUGUUUUCUUUUCCAGUUUUUAUCUGUACGCCUCCCCACUCACACUUUUAGGGCCGCUGUGGCUCUGUAGAUUUGUGAUAAUAUUAUGAUUAUUAUUAUUAUUAUUAUUGUUAUAAAUUACCCUUCCUCUUUUGUAGGGACAGUUCUUUUUUUAUUGAUGAGGAACAUUUACUGUCUGGUUCCUGCUCACCAUGAGACCUUGCGAUUCGUAUAACUUCGUUCAAAAUAAACUGAUAAAUGGAA